AUGCAACACAUUAUAUUGUCGCCCCCGUCCUGGGUCUUUCCGACCGUAGCGGCGUCAACAUGGCUAGGUGAGGAUCAUCCCACGGUCGCUCUGGACAAUGAUCUAACAAAGGAUUUAGCGAUGCUGCUGGCCAUGUUGGGCCACUGGACGAUGAUCGGUGAACCACGAUAUGGCCUCAUGAAGCCUGGCCAAAAUAUACCAUUCAUUUCUGAUAUUGGAGCCCAAGAAUUAAAACCGUUGUUCAUGAUUGGCUGUAUCACGACAGUAUUGCUGUUAAACCUCUCGUUCUAUCAAUUCGUCCAAAACAAGGGAUAUAUCAACAAAACCUGCACCCACGGUUCAUUCCUUUUCACAGUCCUUGGGAGCAUCGGGUUGGUUAUGCUCUCUGUCCUCGAUAACAUCGACCACCACUUCAUGCACGAUGUCUGCGUGACGGUCUUCAUUGUGGGGUACCUUGUCAGCGCGGCCUUGAUGUGCCUGGACUACAUAUAUCUAGGCAUUGCACAUGCUCUACGCGAGCCAAUGCUCAUGACGAGUUUUGUCAUCAAGGCGUCGUUUAUUGUCGUUGAACUUGCGCUUAUCAUCGUCUUCCGGAUAACUGAGCACACUCAUUAUAACCAGAACAAUAUGGCUGCUACUCUUGAAUGGGUUAUCGCUUUUGUUUUCACUGGUUACAUUCUUUCUUUGAUCGUCGACCUUAUGCCAGCGGCUCAAAGGAACCUUCAGAAUCCAAAGGGAUAUCAACGUAUUGAAAUGAGUACAGCCUUGUUACCUUAG